AUGGCCGAAGGAGUGCAAAAUCGUUCUCUUAAGUACUCUGCAAUCCCUUCGUGGGAUGAACCACAUAACAACAUCGCUGCCCCUACCAUCGAGGCCAAUAAUUUUGAGCUAAAUCCUUCGUUGUUGUCAGCCGUACAGCAAAACCAAUUUUCAGGUAGUCCUACGGAGGACCUGAACCUACAUUUGUCAGUGUUUUUGCAAUACGCAGACACAGUGAAAGCGAAUGGUGUCAGCCCAGAAGCUAUAAGACUACGAUUAACAAUAGACGCCGCCACAGGUGGCGCACUGAUGGAUAAACCCUACAAUGAGGCCUAUCAACUCAUUAAAAGUAUGGCCCAGAAUCAGUACCAGUGGGGAAGAGAAAGAACCUCUGUAGAGAAACCUCCAACGAAAUGCGGCAUGUACGAAUUAAGCAGUCUUGACCAUAUUAACGCCAAGGUAGAUGCUCUUACUCAAAAGAUAGACAACUUGACCAUAACACCUGCAGCCACCAUGGCUGCCGUAGCACCAAACUGCGAGAUAUGA